AUGAGGAGUGGGCCGGGGAAGAGGGACAGGCGGCCAGCCUAUGGGGCGGAGAGGCCCGGCCGCGCGUAUUCAAGGAGCGCCACGCUCGGCUCGGGGGUGUGGCGCGCGCCGGCGGGGGUGGGCGGGCGCGCCGGGCGGCUGGUGUCGGCGUCGGCGGCAUUCGGCGGCGAUGGAGCGGCCCUGGGGAGCUGCGGAAGGCCUCUCGCGCUGGCCCCAUGGCCUCGGCUUCCUCUUCCUCCUGCAGCUGCUGCCGCCGGCGACCCUCAGCCAGGACCGGCUGGACGCGCCGCCGCCGCCCGCUGCGCCGCUGCGCCGCUGCCGCGCUGGUCUGGCCCCAUCGGGGUGAGCUGGGGGCUGCGGGCGGCCGCAGCCGGGGGCGCGUUUCCCCGCGGCGGCCGUUGGCGUCGCAGCGCACCAGGCGAGGACGAGGAGUGCGGCCGGGUCCGGGACUUCGUCGCCAAGCUGGCCAACAACACGCACCAGCAUGUGUUUGAUGAUCUCAGAGGCUCAGUAUCCUUGUCCUGGGUUGGAGAUAGCACUGGGGUCAUUCUAGUCUUGACUACCUUCCAUGUACCACUGAUAAUUAUGACUUUUGGACAGUCCAAGCUAUAUCGAAGUGAGGAUUAUGGGAAGAACUUUAAGGAUAUUACAAAUCUCAUCAAUAACACCUUUAUUCGGACUGAAUUUGGCAUGGCUAUUGGUCCUGAGAACUCUGGAAAGGUGGUAUUAACAGCAGAGGUGUCUGGAGGAAGUCGUGGAGGAAGAAUCUUCAGAUCAUCAGAUUUUGCGAAGAAUUUUGUGCAAACAGAUCUCCCUUUUCAUCCUCUCACUCAGAUGAUGUAUAGCCCUCAGAAUUCUGAUUAUCUUUUAGCUCUCAGCACUGAAAAUGGCAUGUGGGUGUCCAAGAAUUUUGGGGGAAAAUGGGAAGAAAUCCACAAAGCAGUAUGUUUGGCCAAAAGGGGAUCAGACAACACCAUCUUCUUUACAACCUAUGCAAAUGGCUCCUGCAAAGCUGACCUUGGGGCUCUGGAAUUAUGGAGAACUUCAGACUUGGGAAAAAGCUUCAAAACUAUUGGUGUGAAAAUCUACUCAUUUGGUCUUGGGGGACGUUUCCUUUUUGCCUCUGUGAUGGCUGAUAAGGUGUGCGCAGAACAGCCUGACAGGGGCACGCGCAGAAGCAGCGGGAGCGCCGGGAGCUCUCUCAGGAGUCCAAGCUGGGGAGGUGGUAGCUUGGCCAGGCUCUUGGCAGUGGAGACUUAAGAAACAAUGAAAUUUCAUGGGCCAUAGAAGAUGCUAGUGAAGCCUUUGCUGGACUCACAAGUCUCACUAAACUAAUCUUACAAGGAAACCAGAUUAAGUCAAUUACAAAGAAAGCAUUCAUUGGUCUUGAAUCCCUUGAGCAUCUAGAUUUGAACAAUAAUGCUAUAAUGUCUAUCCAAGAAAAUGCUUUUUCUCAGACUCAUUUAAAAGAACUUUAUGGUGCUGUGACUCCGAUAGGAUCAGAUUCAUCAUUGGACCCCCAGACCUCUCACCCAGGACCCCAAGUGUGCACCUUUGAAGCCAUUGUCUUCACUCCUGACUGAUAGAUCGGGGAUCCAUUGGUGAGUCAGACUAACGAACCAUUGCUCCGGACAAACAUCUGUUGAAGCUGGAUUCUGAACACAAGCAGUUUGCUCUGUGACUGCCAUUUGAAGUGGCUACUUCAACGGUUGGUUGAUAAUAACUUUCAACAUUCUGUGAAUGUAAGCUGUGCACACCCUGAAUGGCUAGCAGGGCAAAGCAUCCUGAAUGUGGAUCUGAAAGAUUUUGUCUGUGGUUUAUAUUUUUGUUUUAAAAUUUUAUAUAUUACACACUUAUAAUCUUAACAGAAUUAAAAAAAUUAAACCAGAAUGGUUUUCCACUAGGAAUUUUGUAAUCAUACAGUUUUAAUUGCCAUUAAAAAUGAUCACAGGCAUUUUAAUGAAUGAAGGCUUUUCUCUUUUAGAGGGACUGUUAACCUUAGGUUAGGUAUUUGGUAGUCAGAUUCCUGAAUCAAGCAAUAUGAGUUUUUUUAUAUGAGCAUUUUUAGUAGAUCUUGAAAAGUGCCACCAGGUACUUUCCAAAAAGAUAGCACUAGUUUAAAGUUGUCACCAGCAAUGUAUGAAUAUACUGAUUCUGUGUGUUUCAUAUUUUUUGUGUGGUUUCAUAACAUUAAAGUGGCAGAGUUUUGUUUUUUCCUUGAGGGGAGAGAGAUAGUCAUAGACAAGUUGUCCUGAUUCUAGCACUUAUAAUUUCAAAUAUACUUUUUUUUUUCUAAUGGAGUCUUGCUGCGUCACCCAGGCUGGAGUGCAGUGGUGCGAUCUCAGCUCACUGCAACCUCUGUCUCCCGGGUUCAAGCGAUUCUCCUGUCUCAGCCUCCUGAGUAGCUGGGAUUACAGGCGUGUGCCACCAUACCUGGCUAAUUUUUGUAUGUUUAGUAGAGACGGGGUUUUGCCAUGUUGGCCAGGCUGGUGUUGAACUCCUGACCUCAGGUGAUCUGCCUGCCUCUGCCUCCCAAAGUGCUGGGAUUACAGGUGUGAGCCACCGUGCCCAGACAAUUUCAAGUAUACUUCUAUAUUAUUCUUUCUCAAUUUGGAAAAUUUUCCUUUACACGUAAAUGUCCUUUAGGCCGGGCACUGUGGCUCACACCUGUAAUCCCAGCACUUUGGGAGGCUGAGGCAGGUGGGUCAUCUGGGGUCUGGAGUUCGAGACCAGCCUGGCCAGCAUGGCGAAACCCUGACUCUACUAAAAAUACAAAAAUUAGCUGGGCGUGGUGGCACACGCCUGUAAUCCCAGCUUCUCUGGAGGCUGAGGCGGGAGAAUCGCUUGAACCGAGAGUUGGAGGUUGCAGUGAGGCAAGAUUGUGCCACUGCAUUCCAGUCUGGGCAACAGAGUGAGACUCUGUCUCAAGAAAACAAUUUUUUUUUUCUUUAAAGUGGAAUGACUGAUUCUUAGCUUUACAUAGGAGAACUUUUAGAUCAGUGUAUCUAUGUUGGAUAUCCCUAGUAUCUCUGAUCAUUUGAGUACCUAUAUAUUGCCAAAUCUGUUUUCACAAUGUACUUAAAGAUGGUUGGAACAGAACACACACUUGGAAGUUCGGGCUCACAAAAUACAUCCAUUGUUUUUUACAAAGUUUAAAGAAGAAAACAGAAUCUAGUAAAGGUUAAAUUCUGCUGACAUUGCCACACAUUCCCUUUUUACUUAGUUUUAAAUAUAGACAUACCAUAUAUUUCUUCCUCCCCUUCCACUUAACUGCUUUUAUGGCACAAUGAAAUGUUAUGCAGUGGAGAUACUGGUUAAGAAUUUAUAUACCUGCUUCUCUCAAUCAGUCCAAUAACAUUAUUAAUUAUGAAUCCAUAUUUUAUUAGCCAGUCCUACGCCAAUCUUCAGCUGGACAUUUGACCUAUUUGGAUGUUUUCACUACUUCAGGUGAAACCUGUGCACAUACAAAAUGCUUUCAAAUAAUUUGUUUUAUUAGGUAUUCUCUGUGAAAUAUAAAUCAUUCAUAAUCCCCCCAUUUUAUAUUGGCACAGAAAGGAUAAUGGUUAUAUAUACACAUAUAUUUUUUGAGACAGAGUCUCGCUCUUUUGCCCAGGCUGGAGUGAAGUGGCGUGAUCUCGGCUCACUAGCCACCUCUACCCCCCGGGUUCAAGUGAUUCUCCUUCCUCAGCUUCUCAAGUAGCUGGGAUUACAGGCGGCCGCCACCUCGCCUGGGUAAUUUUUGUGUUUUUAGAAGUGACGGGGUUUCGCCGUGUUGGUCAGGCUGGUCUCGAACUCCUGACCUGAGUUGAUCCACCCACUUCGACCUCCGAAAGUGCUAGGACUACAGGUGUGAGCCACCGCGCCUGGCCAUAUACAUGUUUAUCUAUCACAUACAUAUAUACAAGGGGUAAUAGAAGUAGAACUUGUCUUGAAAUCCUAAUAUAAGGUUUCUCUUUUUCCCCAAUAACUGAUAAUGCUUGAGAAAUAUAUUCUGAGCACACAGGUGACAGUAAGGGCUAGUAGAAAAGUGCUGGAUCCUGAAGUCAGGAAACCUGAGUUCCAGUCCAGGCUCUGCCACUGACUGACAUGUCUUUGAGCAAGUCAUUUGAAUUUUCUGGGCCUCAUUUCCCCCAUCUUUAAACAAGGGAAUUGGACUGUAGCUCUGUAGUCUCUUUCAACUUUAAUAUGCCACUUUGUAAACAGAACACACAAUUUUAUAGUAUUUGUUUUAAAAUUGGAUCUAAAGCAAAAAUAAAUAACUGACUUGGCUACGGAUGCAUUUUUUUCCGCUUAGAUGAUUUUCUCAAGCCACAGGUAAGGACACAUCCUGAAACCAUAAUUGCUCUA